CUUGGAACAGUUUUGACUUCAUCAUGGACAAGCGCGAGGCAAAGCUUCUCUUCGAGCGCUGUUUCCCGCGAUUUGUGGAAGCAGGCUUGCAGGCAGUCAGUGAAAUCACGGAUGUCAAAGUGAAGGAGAUCGCUUCGCUCUGGGCUGGCAUGGGUAGUGUGUACCGGAUCACCGCUACUGGUGCCAAGAUCAAGCCGCAAAGCAUUGUGGCGAAGAGAGUUCAACUCCCCAAGCACUGUGAUAGCAUUGGCGAUCAGCGGAAGAAGGACAGCUACGACGUGGAAGCGGCCUUCUAUCAGAAGGGCCAUGCGGAACGCUUGAUCGAUGCCGGGUGCCUGGUGCCAUUUCCACUGCAUGUGGAGCACUCCAGGGGCGAGGGCGUGACGAUUUGCAUGACUGAGUUGGAAGGCAGAUCAAGCCACCCACAAGGCUAUGAGGCCUUCGUCCGAUGGCUUGCUCGACUCCACGCGAGCUUGGCCUGCAGAAUGCAGUGGGCCAGAGGGGCGGGUUGGCUGGUUGAUGAAUUAAUUGGCGGGAGACUUGUUGGGAUCAGGAG